CAUGGGAUCGAGUGGGUCAAAGGAAACCGUAGAGAGCGCCCCGGUCAAGCCAACAGGACCUCCACCUUUGAUGAGCAGUCCUUGGAGAUCACAUAUUACAUGGAGUGAAAGUGAACGAAGACAGCUAUUGGACGAUAUAUACAAUUUCAAGGUCAAGGGUGGGAUACAAUACCUAAACUGUUUUCUACUAGGGCAGUCAGCUUCCGGCAAAACAUCGUUUUUCAACACAUGUGCUACAGCUCUGAAAGACGAAGGAAGAAUACUUCGUCCUUUAACUGUUUUAAGAGCAGCUGGAUCAAGUGUUACUACUAAAUUUGAAACACAUCCUUUGUACACUAAAUCUGAUCAAGUCUUGAAAUUACGCAUCUUUGACUGUCGUGGAUUGCAUGAUAUUGAGGGCGUAACAGAUGAAAACAUUCGUCUGAUUCUUGAUGGACAUGUAAAACACGAAUAUAAGAUUGUCCCAGAUGAAACAAUUCAACACACCGAUGAUUACUAUAGAGCUGAUCCUCAACUGGGGGAUAAAAUGCACUGUGUCGUGUAUGUAGUUAAUGCUGAGAAUCCAGGAGCGGCCUUAGCCGGUGGUGCUGCGACAAGAAGUUUUGAAAAAAUCAAGAAGAAAAUUAGCCAAACACACGUUCCACAGAUCGUACUCAUGAAUAAAGUAGACAGACUCCGGGGAUCACUAGCCAAUGACAUAUCAGAAUUGUUCCGAAGCGAGGAAGUUAAGAACAAAUUUACUGCUGUCGCCAGAUUUAUGAAUUUGCCUGAUAUGAACAUCCUACCUAUGUCCAACUACCACAGCGAACCUGUUCCAAACAGGAACAAGGAUAUAUUGGCACUUACCAACUUGAAAGUAAUUAUGGGUAGUGCUAACGAUUUUGUGCAAGGUCGUGGCACUAGCAACGCUCCGUCGGGAUUCUUUGACUAAACAUCUUAAUGCAUGACCCUGUUGACAAGAAAGUGAUGUAAAAUAUAACGAUCUGUGCCCUUGUGAUCCCGGAAUGCCAU